AUGUUUUCCCGCUCGCUGUCUCUUCUCGCGCUACUUUGUGGUGCGCUCGCGUCUGUUUCGGGGUCUCCCGCCGUGGAGGAGGCUUACGAGGCCGUGGUGAGCGUCGUGUCUCCGGGACAGCAGCAUCUGACCGGGGACUCCCUCCGGACGCUCUUUAAUACACUGGAGCACCGUGUGCAGUGCGGCGACGUGCCGUGUGGAAAGUGUGAUCUACUCAAUGCUGUCGACCAGCUCAUCGGCAACCACUCCGCCCACGAGGCGGAGAAGGUCGGAGAAAACGAGACCAUCACUGUGUCUCAGUUCACUCGUCUUGCCUCCGGCUCUGUCCUGUACCUGACUGCCCCCGGCCCGGUCUGCACUGCCGUCAGCCAGGGGAGGUGGGACGAGGAGACUGAACACUUCCUGCACAAAAUCACAGUUCACGACCACGACCAUCACAAGGCAGGGCCGCACCGCGCACACACUCACAUGGACAGUCACGGGGUGGAGGCUGUGAUUUUAGAGCUUCGCAGGCACUAUAAGCCCACAGACACGGAGAGCUGUGUCACUACCAGCGACAUCAUGGCAGACGUCAACGCGACGGCGACAGGGCAGGAACAGGAAGUGGGUGCCGUUCUGGGCCGCGUCCUGUACUACGCCCUGCAAGGUCGAUGCUUCGCCGCCGAGUCGCUGCCGGAGGAGAGCUUCUUCCUCGACUACAUCAUGCACCAGCUGGGCUCGCACAACUUCACCGUGGAGGGUUUGGCGGUUUUUAUGAAGAGCUUGAACAUUGGACCUGACACAGACCACGACGAGGAUCAUGGACACGUCCACAGUGUAGAUGAACACGUCCAUAAUGACCACAGUGGUCAAAGACUGAGGAAAAGGAGCCGCAGUGGACUCCAUGAGAAGCACGAGACAAACACCACCUGGGACCAUCACUGUUUCUCAGCUGAAGACCUGGUCCUGAUCUACAGCCUGCCAGAAAACAGCUCCGCCUCCAGUCUGGGUCCGUCUGACAUGGCUCGGCUCAGUCCUGCGCUGGUGCAGCAGAUCCUGAGUGGAGCCUGUACAGGAACCAUGGAACCAGUGGCACCAGAUGGACUCACCAAGACCGAGAGAUACCUCUAUGCCACUGCCGCCAACUUAGUGAUAACGCUGGCGGCCAUGCUUGGUAUCGUGAUGCUGCUGUGUACUUCCUGUACGUACAUCUUCCAGCUGUCCAUCCAGUUCUGCAUCAGCAUGGCUGUAGGUUCACUGACCGGAGACGCCUUGCUGCACCUGCUACCCAUGUUUCUGGGUUUACACGUGCAUGGAGCCGGUGAAGACCAUUCAAGUCACAGUCACGGCGAAGGAGUUCCUGACUACUUAUACAAGAUGUUGGUGCUGAUUGCAGGGAUCUACUACUUUUACCUCAUGGAAACAAUCUUCUCUCUGAUCACACACAAAAAUAAGAAGCGCCACCAUGAGCUACAGCAUGGGGAAGAUGCGGAGCCUCACCACUGUGACCACGGGAGGGUUUUAGAGAUGUAUCAGCAGGAAAGGAAAAGUAAAAGCAAAGUGCAGUCGGCAUCAAAAGCAAACCUGGUUGGCCUUGAAGACAAUGAGAAAUCGCUCUCCGAGACAAAAAAGCGCAGCAGAGAACAGCGUCUGCUGCCUUAUCUGAUCACUGUUGGUGAUGGGCUACACAACUUUGCGGACGGACUGGCGAUAGGUGCAGCUUUCUCCAUGUCAUGGAGGUCUGGCCUGGCCACGUCACUGGCUGUGCUCUGCCACGAGCUCCCGCAUGAACUCGGCGACUUUGCCAUUAUGCUCCACUGCGGUGUGUCGGUCCGCAAGGCGUUGCUUUUGAAUGUUGGAAGCGCCAUGACCUCGUUCGUCGGCCUGUACAUCGCCCUGUCUGUAGCCACCGACAUCGUAGCCCAACAGUGGAUAGCAGCCGUCACUGCAGGACUCUUCCUGUAUGUGGGGCUGGCUGACAUGCUGCCCACUAUGAUCCACAUCGACAGCGAUAAACCCUGGCUGAUGCUUCUGCUGCAGAACGUCGGCCUCCUGACCGGGUGGAGCAUUCUGCUGCUGCUGUCGCUCUAUGAAGGGAAAAUAAACUUUUAA